AUGCCAAUGUUUGGAUAUGAUAUUGGUAACAUCAAACACUUAUUGCUGUCUCUCCAAGGUUUGAUUGUACAUGGCUGGACCUUCAAGAGCACUGGUAGUCCUGAGACCGCCACUGAUCCAUUCAGCAUUGCUAGGUGCCUCUCAUCUGAAACAGUUGAACAGUUGAAAGUAAAAUACUCCUAUAGGACACGCUCCAAAACUCAGGUACCGACUUUCACUCAUGCGCUAAACCAAAGGUGCACUAAUCUGAAGACUGGGAGAAAAGUUGUCAAAAGCAGAAGGAAGCCUGUAUCACACUCUAAACGAGCCGGACUGCUGUUCCCAGUGGGCCGUAUCCACAGAUACUUAAAGAAUCGCAUAAGGACCAAUGGUAGAGUUUUUGCUACAGCUGCAGUUUACAGUUCUGCCAUUUUAGAAUAUCUUACGGCUGAGGUACUGGAACUGUCUGGGAAUGUCUGCAAACAAUUUAAGGUAAAAAGAAUUACUCCUCACCAUAUACUGCUAGCCAUCAAAGGAGACAAGGAGAUGGCCUCUUUCAUCAAGGCUACCAUUGCAGGUGGAGGUGUCGUUCCUCACAUCAACAAAGAACUACUGAGGAAGAAGGGACAGCAGGAGUUUUCUUAACAGCAGCCUAUUACCAUUUAUUAUUAAAAUUCAAAAAAACUUAAAUGGAAAUUAA